GAACAAGAGAAUUUGGUGUAUGUGUGAGUGUGUGUGGAAUCAGUGAGUGCCUCUUCACUGGACUGGCCUGCUGUACAUGGAGACUCCCACCUGGACAGAUAGCGGUGUGUGUAAGACUGGAAGUCUAGCCGUGUUCAGGAACGCGGUGUGCAGUGGAUUCCUCACGCAGCAGCUCUGGCAUUUAGGACUCCCGCUUCUACAAACACUGGGUAACCAAGAGGCGACCAAUCCGGUGGACGCGAUGGCUCAGUCCUACACCCCAGCGCAGUUUCCUCCUCCCCCACAGAACGGUAUCCCAGGAGACUUCACUGCAACCCACGCCCUUCCCACACAGGACUACACAGGACAGAGCCGAGUACCUGAACACACCCUGACUAUCUACACACCCGCACAGACACACAGCGAUCCUGCAAACAGCGAUAGCAACACUACAACCAUCACCACCAACACAACAGAUGACGUGACACAAACAGACAUGCUGCCAUCCUCGGAAUCGCCGGAGAAACAGCAGCCCAAACGACUCCACGUCUCCAACAUCCCCUUCCGUUUCCGUGACCCUGACCUCAGACAGAUGUUCGGGCAAUUUGGGAAGAUUUUAGAUGUGGAGAUUAUUUUUAAUGAACGAGGAUCUAAGGGCUUUGGUUUUGUAACUUUUGAAACGAGCACAGACGCAGAUCGAGCACGGGAGAAACUAAACGGUACAAUCGUAGAGGGACGCAAGAUCGAGGUGAACAACGCUACAGCCAGAGUGAUGACCAACAAGAAGGCGGCGAAUCCUUACACUAACGGCUGGAAGCUGAAUCCUGUGGUGGGAGCCGUUUAUGCACCUGAACUUUACGCAGUAACAGGGUUUCCCUACGCACCUACAGGGACAGCAGUAGCAUACAGAGGAGCUAAUUUAAGAGGAAGAGGACGAGCCGUUUAUAACACAUUCCGCACAGCUCCUCCUCCUCCACCUAUCCCCGCCUACGGAGCUGUUGUUUAUCAGGACGGAUUUUACGGUGCUGAGAUCUAUGGAGGCUAUGCAGCGUACAGAUAUGCCCAGCCUGCCACAGCUACCGCAUACAGUGACAGCUAUGGUAGAGUCUAUGCAACGGCAGAUCCCUACACUCACACGAUCAGCCCGGCUGCUACAUACAGUGUCGGCACAAUGGCUAGCCUCUGCCGAGGAGCGUACAGUCGCUUCACGCCCUACUAAAGCUGAGACAAACACACCGACCACACUAAAUUAAAGCGAGCGAACUCCUCGUGUCCGACAGCCGAAACGUCCGGCUCCCGAUGGCCUCGUCACACCACCACACUCAUGCCCUUCUCUGUCCCAACAUACAAGAGUUACUCCUGUGUGUGUGUGUGUGUGUGUGUGUGUGUGUGUGUGUGUGUGUGUGUGUGUGUGUGUGUGUGUGUGUGUGUGUGUGGACACAGUAUGAUGUCACUGGUUAUAUUGGUUUACAUCUGAACACAAACCCAGCCCUUACACACCUGUUCAUCUCUGAUGGCUCGGUCUGAUCGCUCUCCGCUUACCAUUUAUUUCAGGACAAAACACAAAUCUUCUAUUUGAAGAUGUAAUGUUUCUCUUUUAUUCUUUUGCUACAGUAUGUGUCUUUAAAUAUAAAUAUAAAUAUAUAUAAGAAGAGAUUAAACAUCACUAUCUUUAAAGAAAGUUUAAAGCAGUCAGCUAUAUCUUCUGAAAUGAAAGUAUGUGUGAUAAUUAAUUAAUGAUAUUAAACAUUUAAAUCGAAAUGAAAAAAAAUUCAAUCUUCGGGAAAAGAUUAAAACUGAAAAUCCUCAGCAAGGAAAAUCUUAUUAAUCUUCAUGAAAGUGUAACAGAAUAAAGUCUUUUUUUUUUUUUUUACAUACUCAUGAAGUAAAACAUCUGUGAUUCUUCAGCUCUGUUACUGAACUAAAUAAUAAUGACAUCACAUUGCAUCUCACCUAUCGUUUAUCUACGUGUCGUCGUCCCGGGAAGACGAAGAGGAUUUCCCGCAGUCUGUAACAUUCAGAAAACCUUCUGACAACGUAAAACCCGUUCACUCUUCCAUCAGCAACUUAUUUAUUUCAUUUCAACAUGACCCCUGCCUGUAACAUUCAGAUAUGCACAAGCAGUACAUUUAUAGCGUUUAGUUUAGAAUAUGGACUUUUGUAAUGUUUUAUUAUAGAAAACUACAAAAAAAAGGGUAUUAAGAGGUUCGUCUAUGCAUUUUGUCUAGAAAAGUCAGAAAAUCUGCCAGACUCGCAUCUUAAAACUGGAACGUCUCCAAUUCUGGGAUGAAAUCGUCAUGGCAUCGGUGUUUAUUUAUUAACGCAAACACACACACACACACACACACACACACACACACACACACACACACACACACACACACACACACAGAAAUACACUGAGGAGGUUUUCACACUGUUGUUCAGCCUGAAACUAAACGCAAUGUACCGUUUGUGUGAAGAAUCAGCGGUGUGGAAGGUGUCCUGUGGAGCAGAAAGUGCAGCACGGUACUGAACACUUGGCCAGGAUGUAAAGGAGUGUAGGAGGAGUGGGAGAAAGUAGAAGGGAGGAGCUUUACUGCAUAUAAUAUCACCAAUAGAUAAGAAAAUAACACGGUGAGUCGCACUGUGUUCUCGUUUGUGAUGAUGUAACAUAAAUGCAUCGUGGUUCGAUAGAAUGAAGUGUGUCUGAAUCCAGACCGAUGCUGAGGGCUCUGGUAUUCGGAUUGCAGCUAACGCUCGCAGCUUCCAGUGUGAAAACCUCCGAAAAUUAACAAACAUUCAACAACGUGUUCUAUCAGAUCCCCAAAUCUUAGAAAAUUUCCCAAAAACCUAAAGCUUUGAAACUCAACCACUCUCUUAAACUUGGUAAUUAUACUGUGUGUGUGUGUGUGUGUGUGUGUGUGUGUGUGUGUGUGUGUGUGUGUGUGUGUGUGUGUGUGUGUGUGUGUGUGUGUGUGUGUGUGUGUGGAGUGUUUUAUUAUUUCAAACUGAAAAAAAUGACAUCCCCUAAAGAGGUUUAGUUUAGUUUUGGUCUCUGCGUCUUAUUGCAGAAGCAGAACAGAUUUUUACAAUCUGUGUAUAUGAUCAUAUAUUUAUACAUGCCUAAGGGUCCUCAUAAAUGUUUAUCUGUGUGUGUGUGUGUGUGUGUGUGUGUGUGUGUGUGUG